GUCUCCUCCAUGCAAGUCAUCUGGUCAGUCGAUGGCUCCGUCUGUCACGGGCAGUAGACCGUCAGUCCCAAUCUCCCUCUGCAUCUCCCCUGCAGGCUAGCAAGCUAGAUACAACUACUGGCUAUCACGGCGCCACACGAGGCCAACACGGACCAGGCCUGCCAGGCAGCCCAAGCUCGUCUGGGCGCUUCCGAUCCAUGCUCAGGCACAGGCACAGGCACAGGCACCGGCACCGGCACAGGCCUCAAGGCUUUUCGAAGUUCGCACCCGCGCCGUCCUUAGACCCUAGCGUCGAGUGACGGGCAACCCCGCAGCCAAUCCGAGGCCGCAGGGGAUAUUGCUUGCUCCCUUGGAUGAUCAGAAGCAAGUUGUCGUGGGCGACGCCGAAUCACGUCGGCGGUCGCGUCCCGGCAGUGGCAGCGACAGCGACAACGACAGCAUCAAAAGCACAGUCGACAACAGCUGGCCGGCCGCUGGCCAGCCGCCUGCAUGGCAAGCGACGGAUCGCUAUUAUUCACGAGACCCAGGCAGCCUGGCAGCCUGCCUGGGCCUGCCUGGGCGGCUGGCUCGAGAUGAGGGUGGCUUUCCAAGGCGCCCGCCAGACCAGUUUUCCGACAGCCACACCCUGCUGGAGCCGCCAUUGUAUUGUCACCGCUUGACUCGACGGUCCACGGCAUGUGCUCGGCAGGGUACCCCUUGUCCUGUUGUCUCUCAACCCCCCAGUUCAUGCACCAUGCAAGAGCUUGCCGGUCGAUCAUCUCGUCCCCAAGGGUCUGCUUCCCAGCUACCCCGGCGAUGUGACCAAGAUCACCUGCCCAGAUCUGUCAGGUUCGGAAUGCGACUCCGAAUGCUUGUGCCAUCCGAGACGUCCUCGACUGCGUCGCCCAGUCGCAGCUUUGACCUCUGCUCCCCGCCCCAAGACAUAGUUGUUCCUUUUUCCCAUGUCUCGUUCGAGUCCAGCGACCUUUCCCUUAUUCCUUUUCCCCGGCGCGCCCGCAUUUGCUGCUCCCUUCCCACGGCCCAGACCCACGUUCGCACAAGGAGAAAGAGAGACAAUGGCAAAAUGGGUGGUGGAACGUGGAACGUCGCCUCUGCCCGGCCAGUGCCGCCCUGGCCCCUGGAUCGGUUAGGCUACACACAGCUUUGGGUCUACCGUCUGAGCCGGCGUGCCUCGUGGGUCAGAAGCCGAGGAAUUAAUUCCAAAGGGACUCAUCACUGAGCACCAGCUUGGUCAACGACUGUGCGCCGCAUUCGAGCCCCCUCCUGGCCUGGUGGCAGGACCAGCCUCGAUCGACAGGACACCCCGAGUCCGCACGGUUAGCGCCGCCUGCUUGGGCCUCGGGGCAUGCGUUCAUCGACAAACGCCAGAACGCACAAGAAACUACUAGUGCCCCUCGGUUUGAAUCACUGCACGACAGCCAUCUUCUGCUGGCCCGUAUCCGCUGGCCGCUCCUCACUUGCGGAUCUUGCCAUCCACGGCAGCGCGCUGUCUCGAUGUCUUACUCUGCGGUCCCCCACAGGUUGGUCAACUUGGGCUGCUUGGCCAGAGGACGGCUCGUUUCGGGUCUUGUGUGUGCAGAAUUACUCUGCCCUGCAUGCCUCCCGCCUCCCGCCUCGCGACUCCCCACGAGUCCCGGUCUGCGCAACUGUGUAUAUCUGUGUCCCCUCCCGCUGCCUAUCCAAUACGUACCUCGUGGCGGCGGAGCGCGCGAUCUGCUUGACUAGAAGGCACUAUUAUAGGUCCUCGUGGGCUUCUGACAGACACCAUUUUCCCCGCCGUUGCCCCCCACAGACCUCGGUCUUGAGCUUUCUCAGUAUCGCGUCCUUCGGUAGGUGCUCCGCCUAGUCUACGUUUCUGCGGCCAAGCAUCCCCAAACCCAGCAGUCUGGGCCUCCCUCUCUGUGGUAGGCACGACACAGCAACCCCUGAACUCGAUAACCCACGUCUGCUGGGCCCGCCUCGGCGAGGGUGUCCAUGCGCCGCCAUCUUGCCAGUGACGAGCGUCGCCACCUCCGAUCGAGAAUCUGUAAGCCGGGUAUUGUGCUGUACGUUUGGACCUGUUCGAGAAUUUUAUGAGAGCCGGCUGUGGGCCGGAACAGGUCCCCGCUCGAGGACGGCUUUUCAUAUAUACAGGACGCUUCCCGCAUUGGAAUUUCCUCCCCUGGGCUUCUUAUGUGCAGUUGCUCUUGAUCCAUGCGUGCUAUUGCUGCCAUAUCCGGUACUAGCAGCACCACCAGUGGACGCACUUAGUUUCUGCAUUCGAGGGCACGGCAAAGGUCACUCAACAUGACGGAAGCUCAGCAGCUCUUUGAGAAGUGGGGGGACCAGAUCGUGCCAAGGUCCUUCAACGCGGGCUUUGUGACUUUGAGCUAUGUGGUCAGCCUGAUUGGGGCGGCAUCGACACUAGAGUUGAUCAAUAGGAGGACCGCGCCCAAGGGAAGGAUAAACCACUUGUUGCUCAUCAGCGCGGCCGUCACGAUGGGUGGCAUCGCCAUCUGGUGCAUGCAUUUCAUCGGCAACCGAGCUAUCGAGAUGGCGGAUGGGGAGCCGUCGCUCCAGAUUGCUUAUUCCAGCGGAUUCACGGCAUUUUCGUUCUUCAUGCCGAUUCUUGUCCUGGUUGCUGCCUUCGUGGCCAUUGGGACUAACGACAAGGUCUCUUGGUGGCGUGUCGCCAUCGGAGGCACACUUGCCGGCGCCGCCAUCUGCGGCAUGCAUUACCUGGGCAACGCCUCCAUCAACAACUACGUUUGCAUUUACAACAUCGCCAACGUCGUAGGGGCGGCUUUGAUUGCCGUGGCUGCGAGUAUCAUCGCCCUCUCGCUGUUCUUCGUCUUCCGGGCAGGGUGGACUAGCUCAUGGUGGAAGAGGAUCAUCUCGGCAGUGCUGUUGGCCGGUGCUGUCUCGGGCAUGCACUGGUGUGCUUCGACAGGCACAUCUUACAAGUUGAUCGCGCUGGCCGGCGACAACAACCAGCUCUCGAGGAACGAGACCGUAAUUGUCGUUAUCUGCCUGUCUGUUGGGGCGUGUCUCGUCAUGGCGAGUUUUGCCAUGUACACCGCUCGGAUAAUGCAGCGCUAUGCGAGCAAAGCGCAGCAGGUCGUGUUGGCAGCAGCUGUGUUUGACAAGCACGGGCGUGUGCUCGUGAGUCCCGACGGGUUGCUGCCUAGCGAAAAGAUCACCGACUCCUUCCUGGAGAAGACACCACAGGACUCGUUCACGGUCGCGCAUCCUCUCUUCCAUUGGAUGUUCCAGGCGUCGCGGAACUGGUCCAGCAUCACCACCAUAAUCAACGGAAUCUCGAACCAUUUGUCCCACCUCCCCCACAACGACCGCGACAAUUCCAGGGGCGGCAUCAAGCUCAUCACAGACCAUGGAGAGCUCAUAGAGAACUACGACGUCAUAUUUCGCGAGCUUUUCUGCGCCGCGGCGGCCGGGCUGGCGGAUAAGAUGAAAACCCAGCUAACAAGUGUCGGGAUACUGUGGGACGAGAUCCUCCCGACUGGUGCGGGCGGGCGGGCUCAAGCCCAAGCCCGCCAGAACCAGCAGGUGCCCGAGCAAGCGACCGGCGGCGAGGGCCACGGGCAGCGCGGGGCGGACGGCACCCAUGGCGCGAGCCUCGAGGACCUAGCCGAGAAGGGCGUGAUCCGCCAGCCGUACCAGGAGUUUGGGCGCGGAAGCCUGAUGUUCCUGGUGCGGCGUGUCGAGAACACGCGGGAUAUGGAGAGCCUGGCCGCCGCGGGCUACCGGUUCGCCGAGUUGCACCAGGUGAGCGGGAUCAUCGGCUCGACGAUGCAGAUCAAGACGCGCAGCAUUGAGAACAAGCUGCGAACCAUGUCGACGUUUGCGGAAAACAACGCAAUGCUGGAGCCCGGCGUCCACGUGGGGUUUUUCGGGGUGCAGGCGCGGGUGAACAACGCGUACGGGUUCGACGUGCUGGCGCGCCGCAACGCACGCAACCUGCUGCCAUCAGUGCAGAUGCCGCUCGCGCGACUUGACGCAUGGCAAAUGAAUUUUCUCCGUCAGUUUGAGCGCAUGACGCCACACCACAUUGCCAGGCGGCUGGCGGGGCUCAAGAACAUCUCGCACAAGGAGAUGAUGUUCGCGUCGCAACUGACGGACAGCAUCGAGUCGCUGCGCGGCUGGGUCGAGGACAGCAUAUUUGACGAGGCAGUACUCUGCUCCAAGACGGUGGAGGUGCCGUGCCGGCCAGUGUCUGCGGGCUCGUCGCCGGGCAGCUGUACGGUCAUCUCGUUCAGGAUGGUGGUCCCGAUCCACCUGAAUGUGGAGAGUCCCAAGUGCGAGUUCGUGCCGCUCAACAUGUUCAAGGUGCACCAACUCGUGUACAAGGACUCGCCGAACCACCUCGCCUUCACGCGGUCGGUGCACCGCGAGCUGGCGCCCAUCAUCAACGCGGUGCCGGCGGGGGCGGCGAUGAGGCCCGGCAGGGCGAAUGGGACGACGAUAUCGCACUCGAGGCGGGCGUCGCUGCGGGAUGCCAGAAUGGCGAGCCGGCUUUUCCGGAGCGGGCGGCCGCAGACGUCGGGCAGCGAGCGGGGCGGGGCGGUGGACGGGGACGGGGUGCCGAUCCCGACGACGCUGCACCGGGCGUCGUCGUGGGGCGGGGGCUCGGGCAAGUCGAGCUCGACGCUGAAGCUGUGGAACGGCAGGCCGAGCAACGGAGGCGAGACCAGCCCCGGGGUGGGCUCUGUGGACUCGGCAUCGGAUGCGGUGCUGCACGGGCUGGCACCACCGGCUUACGCGAUGGAGGAGCUACAGUCACCGACGUUGCCGCCACCGCCUCACACGCCGGGGCCGCUGCCGUCCCCAUCACCGGCACCACAUGUCAUGUCGGGCCCGCCACAGCAGCAAGCAUCGUCGUUUGGCGGGAUCAUGGUGUCGCAGGAGAUCACAGUCAACGUGCAGCGGGCGGGCGAGGUGAACGAGGGGUCCGGGGGCAGCCAGUACAGCGGGCAGGGCCGGCAGUCGUUCUCGCGGGCCGGAUCGUCACUGCUGCGGAGAAGGGCGAGCGAGAGCGGGGGGCACGCGGAGGUGGGGGCGAGCGUGGCAGUCGGCAUAGGGAUGGCUGGCGCCGGGGCCGGGCCCGCACCGGGGACGGGGCCCGGGGAUGCCAGGAGCCACCGAGGGAUCGAGAUGAGGCCGAUGGGAGCCCACGGAAACGACCGGUCGAGUGUGCACAUUGGGUCAGGGGUGCAGGUGUCGAAUGUGGAGGCGGAGAAGCUGACGGAGGCACCGACGUUUGUGGACGAGCUGUUUGGGUUCUGCGUGGAAGGGAGGUGACGGGAAUGUGUUGCUGGUGCAGGGCCCGUUAGUGUACGUGUAAGUGUAUAUCGAUGUCUCCAUCCAUAUCUCUAUAACCUCAUGCAUAUAUACAUAUAUU